AUGCCCUCCGGUGGCCUCUCGAGCCGGAGCGGUUUCAACAUCACCCUCGCCGGCCUCGCCAAACCCGGCGGCCGGGAUCCUGUCCACAGCGUCGUUGGUGGCAUCCAUAGCUGGAUACAUCUAGUCGACUUCGUCCAAAGCAACGGCUCUGCGCGCAUCUGCAGCGUCGACAUCGAAUUCGACCAAAUCGACGGCCCAACAUUCUCGAGCAUCAUCCACUUGCGUGAUUUUGUCGACACCAUUACCGACGAUUCGAUUCGGGACGCUCCGAAUUACGCCGAGAUCCGCGCGGACAUUAACAUCUUCGACGAAGACGGCUUUUACAGUCCUGAUAUCAUCGCCGAGCCGAUUCGCACCCGCAUCCACGUCUAUAUGACGCGAGACGAACGAAACCUAUACCUUCCCAACACCUUCUUUUAUGCCGAUGGCCGCUUUUCGACGGUCCUUUCCGCAGACGGUGAUUUGGAAAUCAGCAUCCAGGCAUUGAGCUUGAUGAGGCAUGUCCCUCCACCCCUGCAGCUUCGCUUCGGCUGA